AUCACUGCUCCCUCGUCCUCCUGCUGCUGGCUAAAGAAGACAGAGGAAGAAGAAGACGGAAGAAAGCCCAUCGGAAUAAGCAGAAAAGAAAAAGAAACUCUCUCAUCUUCUCCGAUCUCCUGCAUGGACGGUUCUCCGCUCCCCUUCCCUCCAAUCUCAACGCCAUCUUCGCCAUGAAUUUCGUCGUGAUAUCCUGCUCCUCCCCUGCUUCUUCUUCUUCUUCUUCUUCUUCUGCUUCAGUUUCUGCUGCUGGGUUGUUGGGUCAAUGGGUUGCGGAGGUUCCAAGGUUGACGACCUCCCGCUCGUCAUCCUCUGCAAAGAGCGAAAGCAACUCAUCAAAGCGGCAUCCGACCACCGCCUGGCCCUCGCCGCAGCCCACCUCUCGUACUUCCAUUCCCUGCACGACGUCGGCGACGCCAUCCGCAAAUUCGUCGACGAGGAGCUUGUUUUGGGGACCUACUCUGCUUCCCCUGGAUCCCCUGUUCUCACCCUUCCUCCCCGCGGCGGCGGCAAAUCGAAACCCAAAUCCAAAUCCUCUUCCUCCACGACCUCGAUUUCCCAUUCCUUCGACGGCGGCGACGACAGCUACCACGGUAAGACCCAACCCAAGAAGAUCAAGAAGAAGACCAAAAACCAUUCCCACCACCGCGAUCUUCACGAGGACCACGACGACGACGACGAAGAUUCCCAUCUGCAUUUGUCGUCUUCCUCCGGCUCUGACUUGGACUCCGACUCCGGUCACAUCCAUUUCCACGACCACCAUCAUGACGGGCCGGAACGAGAGAACCGUGAAUUCGCAGCUCAGUUUGAACGCGGUGGGAGAGGAGGCGGAGGUUUUGAGAUGGCAUCGACUUCCUAUGGGGAUUUCAACAAUUACCCUGCACGGGGCAAUUGGGGCGGCGGCGACGCCGGUGGGGGAGGCGGUGUAGCUGUUGAGAUGCCAUCGACUUCCUAUGGCGACUUCAACAAUUACCCUGGUCAGGGCAAUGUGGGCGGCGGCGGGUAUGGCUACCCUGGCGAAGGAAUGCCGUAUCCCUACCCAUACCCGGAUCCGUACCCGAAACCGUAUCCGAAUCCGGGCCCUUACCCGAAUCAGAACAUGUAUUACAUGAAAAGGUCCGCAACCCCGGCGAAGACGGUCGUCGUCGAGGACCCGGCAAUGGCGAAUGGUUUCUGGGGAUCAAGUAAUUAUUUUGGGAACGGAGGAGGUAAUUACUUUGGUGGGUAUCCGAUGAUGGGCUCGCCGCCGCCGAGGGAGCCGAGCCCACAGAAGCCUCCGCCAGCGCCGCCAUCUCCUAAGGCGUCGACUUGGGACUUCCUCAACGUGUUCCCAUCAUUUGAUAAUGGUGGUUCCGGUGGGUUCCCUGGUUAUUACCCAUCUGAUAGAUAUGCUUAUGGAUCAAUGACGAGUAGUCCCGACUCCAGAGAGGUCAGAGAAAGAGAAGGGAUUCCUGAUCUAGAGGACGAGACUGAGCAUGAGGUGAUUAAGGAAGUUCCCAGAGAGAAGAAGAGAAUGAACGAAGAGAAAGUAAUGAAUAAUGGGAAAUCCAGAUUCAAUGAGGAGUUCCUGCACAGAAAUUAUGGCGAAGGGACUUCAAAUCCAGUCGCUGUUGAUACCAGCAGCAGUGAGAGCAUGCAUUCUGUGAAAGGCAGAGGGAAUUUUAGCGGGAUGGUAUCGAAUAAAGGUAAAGGCAUCAAAACUAGUGUGAGCCCUGAUACUAUUCAGAGUCCAGAUAGCAUUGUUUCUAGGAGCCCCGAGGAAGAGGAGUUCGUCAAGAAGAAAGGUGUCACCUUUGAGGUGGAGGAGGCAUCUACAGUGACUGCGGAUGUCGAAUCUUCAAAACCCAGUAGUAGCAUGAACACAUUGUCAGCUCAUGGAACUAGGGACAUUCAGGAAGUAGUGAAAGAGAUCAGGGAUGAAUUUGAGACGGCCACUGGGUAUGGCAAAGAGGUCGGAUUUAUGCUCGAGGUCAGCAAAUUGCCUUACCAACAACGAAGUACUCCGCUUAAAGUAAUUCUGUUGAGGAUUCUAUCUAUGAAAGCUCAAGCCAAGCCAUCGGUUCAAAUUUCGUCUAGGGUGAUUAAAAUUGCAAAGAUGUACUCUGAACAGUCUGUAAAUGAGUUCGAGAUUCAACCAAGAAACCUUUCGUCCACUCUCGAGAAGCUCUACGAGUGGGAGAAGAAACUGUACAAGGAGGUUAAGGACGAAGAGAGGCUACGGGUCAUAUAUGAAAAGCAAUGCAAGAGACUAAAACUUUUAGAUGAGCGUGGUGCAGAGUCUAGUAAAAUUGAGGCUACACAGGCUUCGAUAAGGAAGUUGCUUACAAAACUCAAUGUUUGUGUCAGAGCUGUUGAUUCGAUAUCUAGCAAGAUACACAAGAUACGGGAUGAAGAGUUGCAACCCCAAAUUACUGAUUUGAUCCAUGGAUUGAUAAGGAUGUGGAGAUCCAUGCUCAGGUGCCAUCAGAAACAGUUCCAAGCUAUCAUGGAGAGCAAGGCCCGUUCUCUAAAGGCCAACACUCUGCAGAGAGAUUCAGGUCUAAAAGCUACUCUAGAUCUUGAAAUGGAGCUUGUGGAGUGGUGUACUCGGUUCAACAACUGGAUCAAGACUCAGAAAUCUUACAUCGAGUCCUUAAACGAGUGGCUUUUGAGAUGCAUCCACCAAGAACCUGAAGAAACAGCUGAUGGAGUUGCACCUUUCUCCCCAAGCAGAAUGGGAGCUCCGCCCAUCUUUGUGAUUUGCAAUGAUUGGUUCCAAGGCAUGGUUAGGGUUUCCGAGAAGGGCGUGGAAAGUACAAUGCUUGAUUUUGCUUCCAACUUGCAGCAGCUGUGGGAGAGACAAGACCAGGAACAGAGACAGAGAAUCAAAACCGAGUACCUGAAAAAGGAUUUCGAAAAACAACUGAGAAUGUUGAGAACCGAGAGGGGCAGAAUCGAGCAAGAGAGAGAUGCGUUGUCAGAUAAAACCGCAGUUUCCAAGGUUCCUUCAGAGAGUGGAGUUUCGCCACUGGAUGAUCUGAAGGUGGAUCUGGAUUCUAUGAGGAAGAAGUUGGAAGAGGAAAAAGCUCGUCAGAAGGAAGCGACUAAGCUGGUUCACGACGCUGCUUCUAGUAGCCUGCAAGCUGGUUUGCUCCCGAUCUUCGAGGCUCUGGGUAACUUCACCUCGGAAAUUUUGAAAGUUCAUGAGGAUGUUAGGCUCGUUGAUGGAGCCUCAUAGGAUAUCACCAGGACCUUUAGUUUACAUUUUAGGGAGCCCUUUUCAGAGGAGGCCCUAUUCUUACUGUGUACAGUUAUCAUGAGAUUGAAAUUCAGAUACCCUUGUUAGGGUGUGCAGCUAAGGAUAUUGAAUAGCAGCAGCUGCAGCAUUGCAGAGUUGUGAAACAGUGGAGUUUGUUGUGACGAAGGUUGAUGAUGGAAGAUAAAGCUGUCCACAGAGAGCGAGGUUUCUUGAGCUAAUGUUGAGUUAAGCCAGUUUUCUUGCAGCCCCUAUUACUAGUUGUAGUCUUUAGAUUUAGGAAAAUUUUGUACAGGGGAAAUUCAUUUGUUGGUGAAAUUGGUUCGGUUGGUUGGACGGGGUGUAUUAUUUAUUUCUGUUGUUGUAAUCUGUCUUGUUUAGGGGAAUAGUGGGGGUUGGAUGAAAGUUAGGAGACCAAUUGUGUGGAAAUUGCAAAAAUUUUGACUUGGAAGUUGGGAAUUGAUUUUGUCUUGUUAGUGUUAUUAUUCAAGGCUGCCUUUAGGCUUUA